AGAGCGUUGAGGCUUGGGACGAUUACUUUGCAGCAAACUGGUCAAUUCAGAUUGAGAGGCGGAGGUUCGAUGUGUUAACGGAGGGGCAAACAGCGAGCGUCGGAAGAUUUUGCGAGCAAAUAAAAGCUGCAAAGCAUCAAGUGGGUGUGGGUUUUGCGAAAGGGUGGGGGUGAUUCUGUCGUGUUGAGUGUCGGUUGUUAAUCUGCUGACGCUGGUGAGAAAGUAGGGGAAAUGUCCCUCUCUCUUGCUAUUUUGUUUCUGCUUCAGUUCUAUGUCUUCGGAUCAACAGCCUCUGGCGUCUCCAAAGGGCUGCCUGUCCCGAGGGCGAAUUCCAGGGAAGAGAUGGGGGACAGAGGGCUGGAUGGUAAAGAGAGUGGCGCUCAGCUUCUACUUGAAGGCAAGAUGGAAGGAACAGGUGCACCGAACCUCAGCUGGGACUCGGAAAAGUUCAGCAAAGUGAGAUCUGGGCCGAUGUUCCGAAAUGUAACUGCCAUCUCCCUAAAGGCCGAGGUCAGAGUAAGGCGGGGGGCGGGUGAGAAUGGCAAAGUUGUGCCCGAGGAGGCAACUGCCGUUUCUCUACGAAACAACCCAAUGGAGCCUCGCCACUUCUCGCCAACCCACUUCCAAAUCACUUCGAGGAUCCCUCUUUCUUCGUUCAAAGAUGAAAGGGAGCAGUUACAAGGGGAAGGGACGCGUGGAGUUCCCAGUGAACAGGGGGACGAAGUGGAGACGACGGCGAGGAGGCUCCAGUUGGAGAACAAUCUCUACUCGGUCACUGACACUACUUACAGUGCAUAUGCGGUGGUACUUCUCUCCUUGAUACUUUUUGCCGUCGGCAUCAUUGGGAACCUGGCCGUGAUGUGCAUUGUUUGCCACAACUAUUACAUGAAGAGCGCCUGGAACAAUAUUCUGGCUGGCAUGGCUUGUUGGGACUUCUUUGUCAUCUUCUUCUGUCUGCCCGUGGUUGUCUUCAACGAGAUCACAAAGAAACGGCUGCUUGGAGACAUCGGCUGUAAGGUCGUGCCUUACUUGGAGGUCUCUUGUCUUGGGGUCACCACCUUUAGUUUGUGCGCACUAAGCAUUGACAGGUUUCGUUCUGCAACGACUGUACAGUCACAGAUUAGGCUGAUAGAAAGUUGUCUAUCUAUUGUGGCUAAGAUGGCGGUCAUCUGGAUAGGAUCCAUGUUACUUGCACUCCCUGAAGUUCUUCUCUGGCAACUGGACCAAAAGACUUCCAUUGUCUCUGGAGUCAUCACUGACUAUUGCAUCAUUCAAACGUCUUCAAGCCUCCCUGAGCAUAUCUAUGGACUUGCACUAACCUAUGAGAAUUCCAGGAUGUGGUGGUAUUUUGGCUGCUACUUCUGCUUGCCUAUCAUUUUCUCAGUGACCUGUCAGUUAGUGACAAGAAGGGUAAAAAACACUGAAAAGAAACCUGACCUCAAAACUACAUCUAAGCUUGGCCAUUAUGAAAAUCAAAGAAACUAUACCUUGAUUGGCCUAACCAUCCUCUACGGCUGCUGUAUCAUACCUGAAAAUAUCUCUAACAUUGUGGUGGCCUACACCUUUCCUGAAAUCUCCAAGGAGACCAUUGAUUUACUCAACAUCAUUAAUCAGUUCUUUCUGUUUUUCAAGUCAUCUGUAACGCCAGUGUUGGUCCUCUGCCUCUGUAAGCCUUUGGGCCAUGCCUUCAUGGAUUGCUGUUGCUGCUGCUGUGAUGAAUGUUCCUCAGAUUCCUCAGAAAGUGAUCAGGAUAGCAAGCUGAAGAUGGAAAUGGCAUCCAUUUUUUGUGAUAAUCCCAAGGAAACAACAACAAUGAUGACUCUUGGUACCCAAUGUUAAUGCGACAAUCCUUCAGAAUUGGAAUGAUUCUUUAAGGCUGAACAGUGAAGAUAACCAUCAGCAGCUCUUAACAAAUGGUUAAUUCUUUUACUUAUCUGUGCACAGCAGUAGGUACUUUUAACUGCCUCUUGAACUAGUAUAUUAGCAGAAGUUCAGUUAGCUCUGUUAAGCUCUUGCAUUGAUAGCAAUCCAAGACUGUAUGUGAAUAACUUUUUUUUGUUUCAGCUUUACUUUAGAUUAUAAAAUAUUUUUCAAGGUUUAAUAAAACAUGAUGUUAGGAAGUAUUAAAAGGACAUGUCAUUACAGAAUAUCAGUAAUAUACCCAAGUGUUCCAAUAGUAAAUCUCCAAUAGUAUAAAGCAUGUCUAAUAUUCUAACAAUCUUUUAAUUUAAUGUUAAGAGUUAUAUUUACUAAGACACAUUUAAUCAUUAUGUAUUAUUGUUACAUUGGGGUUACUACUUACACAAAGAUCAUUGGCCAUUAUGGUCAAAAGUAACAUUUAUUAUUAUGUUAAAUUUUAGCUCUAUUGUUUUUAUAUUACUUUUGUUCAGGAGCCCCACAGUACACAGAAAAUAUUGCUCAUAGAAAACUACCUAGCUUUUAUAAACUGUUAGGUUAAUAGAUGUUUUUGCAUUCACAGUAUGAUAUGUUCAAAAGGCAGUGGCUGCCAUACUACUGUAGGAUAGGGAUAUACUUUGUUAGCUCUGCUGUGUUGGCCUAGUACUGUGAUGAAUAAAAAGGUGACCAGAUGCUUUUGGUUUUCAAUACAUGAGACUUUGCUUUUGUGUUAUGUUACAAACUUUCAGUUAUUUAAUGUACUUUAUAUCCAUGCCAACUAAUUUCCUAUCAGUAUAAGCAUCAAAAGUAUACCUUGACUGAUAUCAAAAAACGCAAUUUAACUGCAAGCUGCCAAUAUCAUGCUGGUAAGAUCAUCAGUGCAAGGUAGCCUCAGGUGAUUAUGUUUCACAAUGAUUGCAGAAGAAAUAUAAGUUUUGCAAAGCCAAAUUCUCAGAUGUGAUAAAUGGCUGCAAAAUGUAAUGUUAAAAUUGGCAGUAUUAGGGAAAUAGAUUUAAGCAAAUGAAAAUACAUUGAACAUUGCUGAUCAGUAGAAGACAAUAUUUCCAUUCAAUUUUUACACAAGUGAAUAAUGGUUUGCACCAAAUCUAUUCUAUGUGGAUUUAAGAAUUUGGUUGCAUUGAUGGUACAGCAAAUUUCUUCAGCUAGUAGUUGAGCACACAGAUGAGCACAUUUCUGGUCCACAUUAAAUUGGCUAGCUUCAGCCAUAGUGUUGGCAGAAGAACUUUAAUUGCCCUUGGUACUCUGAAAUGGAAAAAGCAGAAAAAAAAUAGGAACCCUUAUAUAGCUAGCACUAGCAUUUCAGAACAGGACUGUAUAUUGUAUAUAGACUGGACAAGAUUCAGCUCUAAGUGUCGGCUAAAGUAGAGAUGAAACUCAGCUACAAAUGUCAGAUGGGGAUAAGUUUCUGCACUAUGGUGGAAUAACCUGCUGUGGACUCAAUCAGCUGAGAAAUUAAUAAAAUAAGAAAAUGAAACACAUGACAA